AUGUUUCGCGCACCUGUCCAUCGUGGUAUGCGCACCCUAGAUCGCUCUGCAUUCCACAAGAUUGUCCCUCUGAAAGCAGCCAGGGUCUUCGACAAUAAGAACAUCUUCAGCGUACGAUCCCAGCUAGAACGCAGCAAGGAUGCCUUACAGCAGGAACGCAUAGGCAGUGUGCAUGCCGACCCAGAUUCAGAGCGUGCGAAAACCGGCAGAAAAUGCAUUCUGCUAAGGCCCGAGGUCGUAGCUGCCACUCAAGAGGAAGCCUACGAAGUUGUCGCAGAACUUGUGAAGCAGCAGCUCAUCGCCGUGAUCCCUUUCAAGCUCCGUUUAGGCUACAGCUACUGGACAUAUCACGAUAUUAUCACCUCUAUUCUACCGGAGGACGAACAGGGUGAGAUUCCCUCCGGCUUCACGCAGGUAGGUCAUGUUGCUCAUCUGAACCUACGCGAUGAAUACCUGAAGUACAAGCAUCUGAUUGCAGAGAUACUCAUGGACAAGAAUCCUGGGGUGAGGACCGUUAUCAACAAAGUCGACGAUGUUGGCGAAGAGAAUGAGUACCGCACAUUCCGUUACGAAGUUUUAGCAGGACCUGACAAUAUGGAUGUCACUAUCAGUGAGGAGAACUGUACUUUCCGCUUCGACUAUAGCAAGGUGUACUGGAACAGUCGAUUGCACACCGAGCAUCAUCGGGUCGUUACGACUUUCAAGGAAGGAGAGGCCGUGUGCGAUGUCAUGGCCGGCGUGGGACCGUUCGCUGUACCUGCUGGCAAGAAGGGCAUCUUCGUCUGGGCUAAUGACCUCAAUCCGGAUAGCUACGCCAGCCUACAGUAUGCUGUUACGAAGAACAAAGUCGCCGAGUACGUACGGCCAUUCAAUGAAGAUGGCAGGACGUUCAUUAAGAGUGCCGUUGCCGGUCUAGCUAAAACUGAUCAUACCGUGUCCGUCUUCCAAAAGUCGUCCAGAGACGUGCCUCAUACUGCACGACGGCCGGCACGAACGAUAGCGCAACCGAAGUUCUUCUCACAUUUUGUACUCAACCUCCCUGCAACAGCUCUCACAUUUCUGCACUCCUUCGUCGGUCUCUACAGCCAGUCUGUUCGACAACAUCUGUCCGUACCUCAGGAUGAGAUACCCAUGCCGCUCGUGCAUGUGUACUGUUUCAGCACCAAAUCCGACGAUAAUGUCAAAGAAAGCGCUGAAAUCUGCGAAGAAAUUACCCGGCAGCUUGAUCAUAAAAUGAUCCCAGGUACAGUAAGAGGGCCCACUGCGCUAGACAAGGUUGAAGAAGGAGUUGAGGUGUUUGACGUUCGGGACGUCGCGCCGAAGAAAAGAAUGUUCUGUGCAACCUUCAGGCUACCGAGAAGCGUAGCGUUCAGAGAAGUGUGA